CAAGUAUAUAGAGGUAAGGUUCUUACGCUUCGUCUGCAUCUUCUAAGCAGGGCGAAUUAUUCUUGUCUCGAGUACCGCUAUAUAAUCAUUCAGUACUACACUGGCUCAGCUCCUCGCCGCAUCACGCCUUGCAACAUGCAGCAUCUACUGUCGUCCCUCUUCCUCUUAGCCGCCCUUGGACACUGCGUACCGCAUCAUGCGAGGUCGACACCUGCCAUACCACUUAAAGACGUUUCUAAUACAGGAGCCUCGCCACUACCUUCGCCGACGGGGACGUUAAAGUACAUCGCAAUUGGACUCGGAUCACAGAACUAUACCUGCAAUGGCGCAACCUACGCAUCAGACGGCGCACUCGCCCGGCUGUACGACGCCACAUCGUACCUGUCCAACAACCCCGGCAAGGUCGACACUCUCCCAAGCACAUAUCUCAAGAGCUUCAACUCGUUGCCGUGUUCGGACGACCUAUCCGAUUGCGUAUUGACUGAUGAUGCUUGCGAAGACAUUGCAGCGUUGUUGAGCGGAACGCCAUUGCCUAUCCUCGGCCAACACUACUUCACCUCAACGCUUACACCUACAUUCGACCUCUACUUUGGCGCUGGACAUCCAUUCCUGUACGCCAAGAAGGUCGGAGACGUGCCAGCGCCGACGUCCGGCAAUGUCGACUGGUUGUACCUUGCUAGCAACGGCUCGUCGUCGAAUAAGAUUGUAUCAUCCGUCUAUCGGUUGGAGACGCAGGGCGGCGUUGCACCAAGUUCGUGUACAGGGAGUGAUGUGCUCACCGUGCCUUAUGCCGCGGAGUAUUGGUUCUACGGCUAAUCGACGCAAUCAGCAUUGCAUUGUCCCGGGGGUUUACGGCCGACUUGUGCGCAAUUGGGCGUUAUGGUGGCUCCUCGCUAGAAAGCCGCAAUGACUCGGCACAUUCUCUCUAUUUGUCUUCUUUGUACAUACUUAAUACGUCUUUUCGUUAUUCGUAUCCAAAAAUGCGUACCUGGUACGCGAUUGUAAGC